GCUGCCCUGCUUCAGUAUGAAGUGAAUGGCUACUGGAUUGCACCACAUCUCUGUGUACAUAGAAAAAUGAAAUCAUCAGAAGUAACCAGAAAAAGCAAAUAAUUCUUACAUCUAAAGGAAUGAAAUUACAAUGUACUUUUGGGCUUGUUUUAACCAAAAUAAUGAUCUAGUAGAUCUGUUUGCAUCAGAUCUUUUCUUGUUAACUGUUCAGUGUUCAGGAAAGAUAGUUGAAAAAAAUAUCUAGGGAGGCAACAGUGACAUCACUUCAGCACCAUCUGGUCGUUCAGUUCUUUUUCAGUGAGUCCAGCUUGGAUGGACUUAAAUUUCUUUGUAGCAGCCUCAUGAGGUCCUGCAUUUUGGAUCAAUGGCUAAAACAGUCUUGAUAACACACCAGUGUUUUGAUUGUUGUUGAACAGCAUUUGCAAAUGUCAAGGUUUUCCACCCUGCUUGCCUUCUCCCCGCUGUUCCCCACCUCCACUGCAAUGAAUAGAUGUGGGGUGGGCAAGAGCUGGUGAGGGCACACUACUGGGACAGUUGAAUGGAAUCAGUCAAGGGAACAGUCCCUAGCAUAUAAUGUCAUUCUCAGCAGUGGAAACUGGAAGCAGAGGAAGAAGACAGGGAGAGGAGGCUGGCUUCCAAGGUGGCUGUUGCUUGGAAGAUGGCUGGGCAUCAAUCUGCUUGUGUAAGUGCUGCAAGUUGAUGGAAUAAAAUUGGGAACAUGGAAUAUAAGAUGGAUGCAUUUGCUUGAGCACCGUUUCUCCCAAAGUAUAUAUUCUGCAGAUUGCUGACUUGAGUGAUUGAUUGAUAAGCUACAUACACAAGACUAAUACCAAGAAAAAAAAUCUGUUUGCUGCUGCUGUGUUUGACACAACUGGUGCAGAGCCACAUCUUCUGAAAUGCAACUGAAAAAAAUGAGGGAAAUUUUACCAACAUUGUACCCUGGCCAAGUUAAUGAUAAAAAUAAUUCCUUAAGUACAUCCCCAAAGCAAUCAUCUGAGGAUAAAACUAAUCCAUCCAAAGGGGAUGAUGACCAGAACUGCUGUUACCAAGGGACCGAAGCAGAGAACAGUAAGUUGUUGCUGAUAAACUGCAUAAAAUGCACAAGUGUUCAUAAAAUUUCAGUGCAAGAUAUAGAAAAGCGUAAGAAGCUUGGGUGGACUGAAGACACGAGUUUCGUCUGCAAGAAGUGCAGUCAUAUUACACCACCAGUUUUCCAUUUUGUUCCUGGGGGUACCAAUGCUGUAGACUUUGAAAAACGUGAAAGAAAAGCCCCAAGUAAAACCCAGAAAACGUUUAAAGUUAAAAAUUUUCUUCCAGGUAAAUACUACUGUGAUAAAUGUAGAUUUUCGACAAAGGAUCCUUUACAGUAUAAAAAGCACAUAGCUCAACAUGAAGAAAUUAAAUUUAUUUGUUCCCACUGUAGUAACAUAUCCUACACCAAAGGAGAAUUCCAGAGACAUUUGGUGAAACACACUGGAAGAUUUCCAUAUCAGUGUGAAUACUGUGAAUAUGGUGCUGUUAGACAUGACUAUAUAGUGAAACAUAGGAGAAGAGUGCAUGAAGCACCCUCAAAACGGCUGUCAAAUCCCAUUAUAAACCACAAGCAAAAGAAGCAGAGUCAGAGCACUUUAUUUGCAAAGCAGAAAUACAAUAAAAUUCCAUUUCAGAAUGAGCUUUCAAAUUUGUCCUCAAAUACAGCUUGUGAGAUUCCAGGUAAAGCAAAUAAAAUGGUCUGUUCGCCUCACGAUGUAGAAUGUAGCAUAAAAACAGCAUCAGUCCAGGACAAACAGAUAUUGGAGGCAUCUGAAAUAAGCGUAUGUGAGAACCAAAGUGUGGAAGUUGAGGUUUAUUCUCCAAAAAUGGAACCUUUACAACCUGGAAUGCCUUUAACGGUAAUCGCACCAUCUGAACUUGUAGUUCCUUCUAACUGUUUAGCUCAGAUAGUAGAGAUUAAAAUAGUGAAUGGAGCACAACAGCUGGUUCUUAAACUAAUUCCUAUGAAAGAAGCAACUUCCAAACCUGUGAACAGUGCUGAAGAGGAACUUGAGAGUCAAGGUGUAGUACGGUCUGCGGAAGGGAAAAAAAAGUCUUCUGCAUCUCCAAAUGAGUUACUAACCAUGGAAGUGAAUGUAGACAAAUUGUCCAGCAUUAGUAACCACCCUCAUUUGGGUAGUACAUACGACAAAAACUCCGAAUGUCUUUGUUUUUCCGAUUCUCCACUCUCUGACUGUAAUUCUGUAUCUAUGCAGAGGGAAGAUGCAUCAAAAUUAUGCUUCCAUUUGGUGAAAGGUAUUGAUGUCCAUUCAGGUGUUAUAGAACUUUGUUCUCCAUCUCUGGUGAUGAAUAGUACUGAAAAAAAAAGCGAUCUUAAAUCCUCAAGGUGGGAAGCAGAUGGAAAAAAUAACUUACAGUAUAACUUGUAUUGUUAUGAAGAAGGUGUGGAUAUACCUCUUCCAAAAGAUGCUGCUGUUAUUUCUGAAGAUAGGAGUUCCAAAAGCACUUCAGCAGAGGCUUCUCGGGAAGGCAGAAGUUCUUCGGCAGUCCCUAAACAAAGGGUUACAUUGCCUCUAAAGAGGGAUGACAAAGAAUUCAGGAUUCUGCCAGUCAGCUUGCCAGAAACACGUUUAACUGGUAAGGGUCUUGAUAAAAAAUCUGUUAAAUCUUCUGAAGGAGGAAAAAACUUUAAUAUCCCUAAAAGUCCACCUUGCAAGGACACGACUUUUGGCUUUAGCAAAGUAAAGAGAGCCGAAACCAUGAGCCAAAAGAAGAGUCAUCUUUUGGAAUCAUUAGAACUACAGAAGAUGGAAAAUAAAAGCAGUCCUUUUGAGGGACCUGUUAUUUCAUCUGUAUUUUCUCUUAGCUCUGGGACUGAAAACGUUCCAGAGGGUGUCAGAUGGGAUGACAAAACACACAAUAAGAAGUCAGCAACGUUACUGUGUAGAAAAAUUGCUCAGCUCAUGUCUGCUGCUGAAUCUAACAUGAAAUCCACGCCUUUGAGAUGUCACACCUCUAGUAAAAAGAUGCUUUUCCCUCAAGAAAAUUCAACAAGCUGUGAGAGAGUUUUUCCUGCCACUGAAGGGGAACAGUCUGCAUCUUUACCUCAAGCGCAUGGUGGAAAUGGCGUGAUUAGUAGUGAAGAGCACAGUAAAGAUGAAUUGCAUACAUUUGCAAGAACAUCCAAAAGCAGAGUAACUAAAAAUUCUCAUGUUGCUACUCCUGUGUUUAUCCCCAAAGGGACAAUGCUGAGGGUGCUGAAUGCUACUAGCAAUCAAAACCCAAAUGGGAUAGAAACCAGGAGUGAAGCAUCAGAUCCUUCUGUGUAUUGCAAUGAAAUGUUUCUGCCUCGCCCAGUUCCUGUCAGUGUUUCUGAGACUCGUAGCAGUAAUGUGCCGUGUUUGCCUCAUCAGAGUGAACCGAAUGCCGAGUCCCAUGGUGUGUCACUCAGACAAAGACCAAAGCGAGAGGCAAGUGCUAAAACCAGCAAACAGGUUAAUCUGCCUCUGCAGAAAAGCAUUGAUGUCAGUAAGCAAAGCAAGCCCUAUUCCAGAAGUCAUCUAGGUCCCAAAAAUAAGGCAAAACAAGCAAGCUGCAGGGAACUUCCUAAGAGGAAAACAAGAACUCAUUCAGAAAACAGUUCAAGUUCUGACAUGUCAUAUCUAUUGACAGCAAGACGUCUUCGGCUUGUCCCUCUGAGAAUGAAUCAAUUGAUAAAAUGUCCUCGUCGUAACCAGCCUGUUGUAGUCCUAAACCAUCCUGAUGUUGACUCGCCAGAGAUAAUUAAUGUAAUGAAGACUAUCAAUAAGUAUAAAGGUCAAGUCCUGAAAGUAGUUCUAUCAGAAAGGACAAGUAAUUGUCUUGGUGUUAAACGUUACCGAAAGCGUCUUACUCUUCAGAAUGUAGAGACAGGAAACCAAGCAAAAAAGCAAAGUAUGCUAAAAAUGAAACUAAAGAAGACCCAUAAAAACAACUACCAGGUGGUGGAAACUUCACCAGCUGAGACACUUCCGUGUCUGUUUAAGUGUUGGUUUUGUGGAAGAGUGUAUAUGGACCAAGAAGAAUGGAUAAGUCAUGGACAGAGGCACUUGAUAGAGGCAACCAAGGGUUGGGAUGUUCUUUCUCUUCCAGCAAAAAAGCAUUAAGUGAGAGACUAGGGGAAGUUCCCCACUUACGUUUGAGUGCCACCAACUUACUUGGAAAGGAAGACUGAAAUAACUGUUUUGCCAAAAGGUCUCUGCUGUUAGCAAAGUGGAAAGAGGGAGAAGAGUUGUAGAUACAGAGAAGCCGAUGGCGAGGAUUAAGCACUACUUUGCACUCUCAUAUUUGUGUUGAAGGUCAACUUCAUCUGUUCCAUAGGAGAAAGUUGAAGAAAAUUUGCUAUGCAAGCAUCUUUCUAGUUACCAUUCUUUGUGUUAGGAUACUGUGCUGUAACUGAUUGGUGCUAGGUCUGUAUAGAUUAAAGUCUUAGAUGAUGAGAUCUUUGUAAAUUUAACAGGGUUUAGUUUGUUUCACUACAGUGUGGUGUUUCAGAGAUUGAGCAUAUGAGUGCUAAAAAGCAUCUUUGAUAUUCUGUUGGAAGCAAGUGUAUACCGUAGGUUUUACCAGCAAGUUCAGUGCCACUCUUAAUAAGUAAAACUUAAAUGCAAAUACUCUGUUUCAAUGAAACAAAAACACUUCUGCUGACUUUGGAGGAGAUGCAAGGGUGUAAAUGAAGAAUCUAUGGAAUCACAGUUACUAGGUCAGAUAGCACUAAAAAAUUAAAUUUCAGUUUAGUACUUAGUCUUUACCUAGCCUGUGUUGUGUAGGUGGGAGAGCAGAACACUUGUCAGCUUUCGGUAGCAUCUCUGUUCUGAACAGGCAGAGAUAGAGAUUUCAUGAGGCUUGAACCAGUAGGAGAAAGGCCUUUUCUCUAUACGGUCUCGAGGCGCUUUUGAAAUCUAAGGAAGUAGUAGCCAAGCAUAAACGCUCUACCACUGUGUGUGUAGCUUGAUAUAAACACAUUUGCAGAACUGGACAUUGGGGUAGAACUGUAGUCAGUGAGUUAGUGCUUAUUUACUGGGGGGCCUUGCCUAAGACUUUUCAAAAUGAAAAGCCAUGUUGCACAGCUCUUAAAUGGACAGCGUUGAACCGGAUUUUCAGUGCAAUCUUUCAUCCUUAAUCUUAAGAAUUUAGAUGUUAGAAUAUAUUUUUUUGUAGGCCUCAAUUAAUACAAGCAUGUGCCUAGUAAUGUUUAAGUCUAAAUUGUAUCAACUGACUUCAGUGUAAUGUAAACGUUGCUCAGUUGCUUAAACACUUUCCUAUGUCAGGGCCAUAUUUCAAGUGAAGGGAUGGAUGAUACUGAAGUCUAAUUGUUUCUGUAUGUGAACAGUAGAUGUUUGUCUUCAUCUUUUCAAUUUAAAAUCAUUUUAAAGUCCUACAGAAUCAACUAUACUGAAGCACAUAUUUACAAUUAAAAUCAGUUUUUAUGUUUUUACAGAUAAGAAAAUCAAUACUGACUCUGAAUGCUGGAUAUGUGUUCUAUGUUUGAACUGGGACUACUCCCUACUUUUUUCACUGUGGGUGCAUUUUUGUAAACAGUUUCAGCUGGGAAUAUUUUUUUAUGUACUCCAGCAGAUUAUACAUUGUUUUGAUAACGUAUGUAUUGUAUGUGCAUUGACAUGUAAAUAUUUUAAAACUACAUUUGACUGAGGCUUAUUUUAAAAACCAAUUAAAGCAUUGCUUUCCCAGCAUUUUGCAAUACAGUCUUGGUGCUUUAAAUCAGAUCUCUGUCACCACGUAGAUGUGGAAAAAAUUUGUAUGGUUUUGUGUCAGACCCACCUGUUCCACAGAACAAACUUCCUUUUGUCUGUUUUGUCAAUAAGAAUGAAAUAACAGUUCUCAUUUUGUAUUCAAAUGGAAUUAUAUUUUUUUAGAUGGAUGCUCUAGAGGGGUUAUUUUCACUUCAUAUACUUUGAUGCCAAACCUAACAGUACUAUUUGCAUUUUCAAUUGUGAAAAUAGCUUCAAUUUUGGAGUUCUGGCAUAUCACACAUCAUAAAUAUUGAAGUUAUUUAUGUUAACAUAAUUGUUAAAAUUCCUCCCUUUUUUUAACUCCUUCAGUCCACGUUAUUGUUUGAAUUAAUUUUGCUUCUGUAGAAGCUGUUAAAUAAAUAGUUUUAAAUUUGCUUUUUGAGAGUUGUCACUGCCAAAAUUAGAAUGUUCCUGAUGAAAGCUCUACUGGGGGAGGAUGGGGGAAGCGUUGCUGCUCAGCUUUGUGAACUGUAGGUGGUUUAAGUAUACUAGUAGUGCUUGUCUGCAAAGCUUUGUAUGUCUGUUAUCUACAUCGUUAAGCUGUCUUUUUUAUCAUGGAUUUAAUUUAGAAGAUUUUAUUUGUUUUAACCUUUUGUAAAUUAAAUUGUGUAGUGGCUCUGAAGGUCUUAAAGCUGAUUACAUUAUGCCUCUUGUCCUUUUAUAGCUCUUAGCAGCUUCUGGUUUGUUAAUUUUAAUUCUCAUUAUUAGAUGUCAUGUCAAAUAAUUUGUUUCAAGUUUAACAGCCUCAAUGACUUGAGAGGAGUAAUGAUAAUGAAUGUUCUCUUGCAUUUUGAUGCAGCAUUGACAAAUAAAAAGGUUACAAGGAAGGAACAACCAACUGCUGAAUUUUUUUAGCGAUACUUUGUGCCACUAAAUGGUUACAUCAUAAAUUGGGUUGGAAUGUCUUGUUUUCGGCUUCAAUGUUUUUCUUUUUCUUCCUCCUACACUGUAAGGAUAAAGUAACUGAGGUUGCUGUCUUGUUAUAUUCCAGUCGCCUAGUAAGAGUGUGCUUAGAAAGGAAGAUUACAGGUGCUUUGCAGAAAACUACUAAAGUUUGCCCUUCGUAUUUAUAAUGAAUUUAGUGAAGUGUUCCAAACCUCAAAUUAUAUAAAUAAA